AUGUCACAGACAGGCGCUGGAGCCUCAGCGGGCGUGCCGCAGCCCGACCGAGGAGCUCGAGAGCAAGACCCUCGACAGCAUCCUGAUGCGGCGGACCCACAUGCGGAUGCCAUCGAGUCGGAGGACAAGGCUUACGCAGAGCAGGCGGAUACAGAGCCAAGCGCAAGGAGCCUCGGGAAGCGCAAAGAGGUCAGCGUUCCUAUCCCUGGGGGGGUAUCGGGAGAUGGCGAGGAAAGAGUCACACCCCGCGCAGCUCACUCGAAGCCGCCUCGGGCUUGGUCGGCGCUAGAUCGUUCGGCGCAUCCGAGGAUCACGUCGUCGCGGUCGGUGUACAGCUACGAGCGCCUGAAUCACAUUCAAGAAGGUGCAUAUGGUGUCGUCUUCCGAGCGCGGCCGCGCGAUCCAUCCGACUCUGACGCCAAGCCCCACCAGACGGUGGCGGUCAAGAAGCUGAAGCUCGACAAGAGCGGAGUGGACAGCGACGGCUUCCCCAUCACAUCACUGCGCGAGAUCCAGUCGCUCACGAUGGCCCGCCAUAAUGCCAAUGUAGUGCGCCUGCACGAGGUGUGCAUCGGCAAAACGCUCGACCAGAUCUUCCUCGUAAUGGAGUUUGUCGAGCAUGAUCUCAAGACGCUGCUCACCUCGUUCCACCGCGCACGCACGUGCUUUGCGCCCUCCGAGGUCAAGACGCUGAUGCACCAACUGCUGAGCGCGACUGCACAGCUACACGAGGACUUUAUCGUGCACCGCGAUCUCAAGACGAGCAACCUGCUCAUGAACAACCGCGGCAUCCUCAAGGUCGCCGACUUUGGCCUGGCGAGGAGGUACACCGAUCCGAUCGCGGGGUGGAUCGCGCCUUCGCAGCCGCGGUCGAGCACAAGUGCGACGCAGCAGCGCGAGCAGGACCCUUUGAAAGGAGGCAUGACGGAUCUGGUGGUUACACUGUGGUACCGCGCACCGGAACUGCUCCUGCUCAACCAGAUCGCCGAGUCCCGAGAGCGAGAACACAAGCACGCAUCUCAUCGACCGAACAACGGUCAGCCAACCCCUGACCAAGUCAGUGCACAGGAUCCUCCUCCGCUCUACGACGAGAGCAUCGACAUGUGGAGCAUCGGCUGCAUCUUUGCCGAGCUCCUCUUGACCUCCAAGUCGGGCCAGGGUCUGUUCCAGGGCAAGGACGAAGUGGACCAGUUCCGCGGCAUUGUCUCUGUUCUCGGCCCACCCAACACCACCAUCUGGCCGGAACUUCCGCUCUACUCGCGUGCACACGCGCGCAUCGCUGCCUCGUCCGCCACACCUGCGUCCGAGGAGGAUCGCAUCAAGCGACGCCUCGAACGCGAGUUCCACCCGACCCGGCUCACGCCUGCUGCGCUCGACCUCUUGUUUCAACUGCUGCAUUACGAUCCCAAGCAACGCAUCAGCGCCAAGCACGCGAUCAAGCAUCCGUUCUUUACGGUGGAAAAGCCCAAGAUGGCUCAUCCGGACUCGUUCGGCAGCUUCCCCAGCGUCGCAGCGGGCGAGAGGGUGCCGCAUGGCACGCCGAGCGCGCCCAACGAGCACGCCAACAGAGGCCAUGCAAAGCGAAAGCUCGACGCCGCCGAAAAGUACCCGCUCCAGUUCGAGUUUGACGUGUAG